AUGAAUUGGUUCAUAAUCCUUUCUUUAUUUUUCAUUUGGAAUAUCCAAGACUGUCACUGCUGUAUGAAAUGGAAAAGGAGUGCAGAUUAUUGCGAGUGCUCCGAUAUUCUUGAUUUGUUGGAUGAGUAUGCAGAUAGAUCUAAUAUACCCAUUACUGAAAAACUUGGUUGCGUUAGAAAUAUUACUUGUGAUGCUGAUGAUCAAACAUAUGUCACAAUUUAUUUUAGUGCAUCGGAAAUCGUUCAUCCUGAUGAUAAUAAUAAUGAUAUAGGAUUGAGUUCAACCCUAAUUAUAUUUUAA